UUUUCUUGUUCAGAGCAAAUCUUAGCUGUAUAUAUUUUGACGUCUUCCUUCGAAAAUUAAAAAGGAGAAAAAAAAAAGAAAAAAAAAAAAGACAAAAAUUUAAAGAAGGAAGGAAACCUCAAUUCGAGAAACUAAAUAUACGAAGGUUUCCCUUUUUUCGUCUAGUUUUGAUUCAGUUCUUGUUCUGCCUUUCUUCUCCAAGGUGUUCUGUCUUUUCGUUGGAUUCCUUGUAUAUCGUGCUUAUUAAACCCCUUUUCCCAAAUAUGAAUCCACCUUUUAUGAAGCUUCAGCUCUUGGACUGUAUUUGGAGGAUAUUGGUCUGAAGCAAUGCAGUUAUAUCAUCAUCCUUACUCAUUAGAUAGCCAAAGAGUGAGACUAGCUUUGGAAGAGAAAGGCAUUGAUUACACAUCAUACCAUGUCAAUCCCAUCACUGGCAAGCACAUGGACCCUUCCUUCUUUAGGAUGAAUCCAAACGCAAAACUUCCCGUUUUCAGGAAUGGUUCUCACAUCAUUUUGGACACUAUUGAGAUCAUAGAGUACUUGGAGAGAAUAGCUGAGGUUUCCUCUGGUAUAGAAGAUGCUACAUUUGGUAGAGAAGUUCUUGAAUGGAUGCGGAAGAUUAGGGAAUGGGACCCCAAGCUUUUCACUCUUGCUCACAUACCGGAUAAUCGUCGUCUCUAUGUUUCCAAGUUCUUGAGGAUGGUUGUGAUUGCAAGGAUGGCUGAGUCUCCAGACUUGGCAAGUGCUUACCAUAGGAAGCUAAGGGAAGCAUACGAUACAGAAGACAAACUAAAAGACCCUGGUGCCUUAAGACGAAGCACAGACCAUUUGCUUAGGCUCCUAGAUGAGGUUGAAACAAAGCUUGAGGGGACAACAUAUUUGGCAGGGAACGAGUUUAGUAUGGCUGAUGUAAUGCUAAUCCCGGUGCUAGCUCGGUUAUCCCUGUUGGAUUUGGAAGAUGAGUAUAUAACUAGUAGGAAGAAUCUGGCUGAGUAUUGGAUUGUUGUGAGAAGUAGACCAAGCUACAAGAAGGUAAUUGGAAGGUACUUUAAUGGAUGGAGAAAAUAUGCAACACUUGUAAAAACUUGGAUGUUUGUUAGAGUCAGAAGUUUGCUCAGAAAAUAUUGAAUUGUCAAAAAGUUUGGUUUUUUUUUGUUUCCCUCACUUUUCCAUUUUACAGGACAUUCUUGUAAAGUUGAGAAGAAACUUACUCCUUUUGAUAACCAAAUUAUUAAGAACAAUAUUUUAUUUAA